AUGACUAAUCCAGCCCUGGCCCUGCCACCGCCUGCCAUCGCUCGCUCUCUCGCCCUCCUCCACUCUGCUCUAUCUCAACGUCUUGCUUCGUUCUCCAUCUCGCCCUCCUCCGCGUCCUCCUCCUCCUCCGGACACCUUUAUCUCCUCCCUGUUUUCUUCCUCGUCCUCUUCCUCUUCCUCUCCUCCCCCUUCUUCAUCUACUUCUCUCUGUCGCACCAUUCCACUCCUUUCGUAGUCCUACUCGCGUCCUUUGGCCAUUCGUCGUGGCCGUCCGCUCCUUACGUUCCCCUCACACCUCCAGCGACAGCUUAUGACUUCCUUGUGACGAAUAUACCCCUCAUCUAUUAA